AUGGCCAGCUUCUCCUUAUGGGCAACUUUUGGAUUAUGUUUGCUGGAGCUUUGUCUAGCAGAAACACAAUUCAAUGUAAGUUGCAGAUAUGGAGGAGUUUUUCAUGUUGAGAAAAACGGUCGCUACAGUCUUACACGAUCUGAAGCAGUCGAACUCUGCAGAGCUCUCAAUAGUACCUUGUCAACACUAGAGCAAUUGAAGAAAGCUCAUGAACUUGGAUUUGAAACUUGCAGGUAUGGUUUUGUAGUGGGGAAUAUUGUUAUCCCACGGAUCAAUCCCUAUCCUCUUUGUGCAGCAAAUCAUACUGGCAUUUACAAACUUUCCACAAACACAACUGGUCGGUAUGAUGCAUAUUGUUAUAAUGCAACAGAAACAAGGGACAAAGCGUGUGAGCCAAUUGAAAGACCAGGUACUUCUUUCCUCAAUCAUCAGAGUGAAAUAGAUACAGUCAUUGACAAUGCAGAUGGCUCACGUUAUAAUGCAGAUGACACGCAUCAUAGCAGAGAGUCCUCAACCUCAGGUGUGGAUGAUGAAAAUGUAGGUAGCGGAUCAACACAUGACACAACUGCCAUGGAUACCUCCAUCAGGAGAUCCAGCCCCUCAUAUUAUGGAAGUGCUACUCCAGUCUCACAGCUGCCAGAUCAUUCUUCUGGAGGGGGUGAAAAAGAAAUUCCUAGAAAAGAUUCUGAUUAUGAAGUUUCUCCUGUAUCUCCUGACAUCUCUUUGGUGACGGCAACUGAUGAUUCCCCUGAAGAAGAUGGUGGACAGUAUCCUGCGAGUACUAGUAAGAUUUAU